CCAAACCCUCCCCAACAAUGUUCGCCCGAUUCGGUGUUCUCCUCACAGCAACCGCCCUUCUCUCCUCCUCAGCUGCCUCCAUCACCCUUCCAGAUCCGCAUCCAGUCUACCCAUACACCGUCUCGUUCGAUGUCCCACGCAUGCUCCGAUCUGAAGCUUCGGAACUCCUUGCGCACCCACCACCGGAGGGAACAUAUGAACUGAUGCGACUGCAUGGGUGGCCGUAUCUGUGUUCAUACCCGGCGUCUGUAUCGAACGAAGUUUCUCAACAAAGACAGGAGGAACAGGCAAAGGGCCCAGCUACGAAGGAAGAUGUCGUCAAAGCACUCGAGUUGCUGAAGGGGCUGGAAAAGGGAUGCUUAUACACCGGAAACGGAGAUUGGUGGACGUAUGCGUAUUGUCAUGGUACUCAUGUCAAGCAAUUCCACGCCUUACCGCCGUCGAAGGAUUCAAUUCAGCAAGGAUUCCGGACCCUCCCGCUCCCGAGAGAAGAUGAAUCGAGUCCGCACUUCAUCUUGGGAAAGAUGCCCCAGGUAAACAAACUGACAGAUGACUGGAUCAAAGACCAUGUCGAGAUCCUGGAAGGUGACGGGGUCGCAACGAGCACCAGUCUACGAAUGAAGUUGGGCGAUGGUACGUUAUGUGAUCUAACUGGAUUGCCCAGACGACUGGAUGUGUUAUUUGAAUGCGCACCCGGAGCGAAGGGCGAUUUAAUCACGCACCACAAGGAAAUCGCGACGUGCACUUAUGAGAUGGUGGUACUCACCCCAAGGCUGUGUUCCGAGAAGAGGUUCUUACCGACGGAGGUACCGGAAGCAAAAACAAUUACUUGUCAUCGUGUUGUUGAGGCGUUACAAGAGGACGGAUCGGCGGGAGACAUCGAAGGAUCGGAGCAGGAGAAGGAAGCGAAGGGUGAGGAUCACGGCCGGUUGUUGGACGUCGGGGAAGCCUCCAGGAUCGCGACCCUAUUUGCGGAGGAGGAAGCGAGGGUCCUCGAAGAACAGGAAGCACAGGCACAGGUCGAUGCGGAGAUUACCGCCGAAACCGCCGCUCUUCGGGCGUCGAAGAAAGCCGGACAAGCUACAACUGAAGAUGAACACCUCGGAAGGGCCGCAGCGGCGAUCCAGCACAUCCUCCAGGAUUUCGAAAGACAUGCAGGUGCUGAUCAAGCUCCCGACUCCCCAAAGAACGCCGACAAGACUCAGUCCAACACCGACGACGAUCCUUUCUUGACGAACGUCAUCCAACAACUGAUCACCCAAGUCCAAGCCGAAGUCGAUCAAGGCUCCGACCUUCCCAACGAAUAUCUCGUCCAACUGGAAACCGAGACCGGAGAGGUAUGGGCUAUCGUCCAAGUCAAUGUGCGCGACGGAAAAGCCAGCGUCGAAGCCGUACCAGAGGACAAGUGGGAAGAAGUCAUCUUGGCUGACGACGCAGCACAGAAGGCAAACUCCGCCAAGAGCAAGAACGAGAAUGUGAAGCAGAAGGAGGAGAUGGAGAAUAGGUUUGGGUUGCCUGAGGGGUUGUGGGACGAGUUGAGGGGGAUGAUGGGCGUGUGAAAGAUGAAAGCGUUUAUAUUAGUACCGUGAUGUAAGUGAAAAUAUACCCCGUGUAAGCCCAUAGUCUAG